CUUAUAAAAAAUUAUACUCCCUACACCCUUAAUCAAACGCAACAUUGGCAGCUUCUUCCUCUCUCGGACAUAUGAAAACGCACAAGUGUGUCGCCAUGAUCUGCGUCGACGCGGCGGCCACCGAUGCCGGAGCUACCGACCUGAAAGCACUAAUGCACGAGAACAGCGUCUUCUUUGACAAGUUGGUAAAUGUCAUCCCACCCAGAUUCUACCUACCGAGCGACGACUCCAAGCCAUGGUUUCAAGGCUUGUCCAAACCCAAAAAGGCCUCUCUCAAACGACAGUCCAGGGAGAACCUAAAACUCGCCCGCCGUAACCGCCUCGACCCGGAGAACAAGAUCGCCCAAUCCUCAACUCUCCACCUCCUCAUCGAGAACCAGAAAAUUGCAGACGAUUCAUACAAAGAUAAACCUAUCGAUUUCGGCGAAGAUGAUGGUAACGACAAUGCGGAUGAUCGUUCGGUUACCUAUGAAGAGUUGUGGCAGAGGCUCCGGAGGAAAAUCGAAGCCCUUCGUGCUAACAGAGAGAAAUCGGAUGAAAAUUUGGUGAAAUCAGAAGGGAAGAAGCGAAAGAGGAAUGAUGAAAAGACGAGCAAUGGGGCAAAUUCGGGGAAUAUUCUGAGUGAAAUUGAAUUUGGGAAAGUAAAGAUUGGGGACGAUGACGAGCAGGGGAAGAAGAAAAAGAAGAAGAUGUCAAAAGCUAAAGAAUUGGAGAGGUUGAAGAGGUUGGAAGAGGUAAAGAAGGAGAAUCCAAAGGUGGCUGAGAAACAUUCUUGGAAAGCUGCAGUGGAUAGGGCAAUGGGGGUGAAGGUCCAUGAUAUCCCUAGGCUUUUGAAAGAGAGUAUGAAGAGGGAAAAGAAAAGAAAAGAGAAGAGCAUUAAAAAAUGGAAGGAAAGGGUGGAGAGUAGGGAGAAAUUGAUAGAGGAGAGACAACAAAAGAGGAGGGAGAACAUUUCAGGGAGAAUCCAUGAGAAGACAAUGAGCAAAAUAGCUAAAAGGGAGAAGAAGCUUAUGAGGCCUGGAUUUGAGGGACGGAAGGAGGAAUUCAUUACUAAGGAUUGAAGUUAAUGUGCUUAUUUAGCAUUCUCACAAUUCACAAUAGAAUAGAAUAGAAUAGAAUACCCUUGUGUUCUCCAUAAAAAUGGCUUCAUGCUUAUUUAUUUUGAAUAUCAACUUUGCUUUUCAUUACCAACUGUGCUUGUGUUAGUGUAACAUUUAUGCA